CGCGUUUGGAGAGUUGGCGCGAGGACACCAUUGGAGGAAACAGGAGAUCGAUCAGUUCACGGGUCUGUUGGAGUCUUUUGUCGUUGCAAAAUUUAAUCUUCCCUCCGCUAUAUUUUUGUGAAAAGAUGACUGUUAGACUGUCGGAAGGGGCAAUUGAGUCCCUUUCAAAAGGAACUGAAGUCAACAACCCUAUUCUUCAAUGUGUGAACAUCCGCAAGAUUGAUGGAGGUAAUGGUGUGUCCCGUUUCCGUGUCAUGAUGAGUGAUGGGCUGCACACUAUGUCCUCGUUCAUGCUGUCCACACAGCUCAAUCCCAUGGCUGAGCAAAACCAGUUGGCCACUAACUGUGUUUGUGUGCUGAAAAGAAGCGUCACUAAUGUUCUCAAGGAUGGACGACGGGUGGUGGUUAUACUGGACAUAGAAGUGCUCAAGUCUGCUGACCAAAUGCCGGGAAAGAUUGGAGACCCGACUCCUUACGUUGAGGGUCAGUCAAAGGCACCGAGUACAGCUCCAGCUCCAACUGCACGUCCAUUACAGCCACAGAAUGGAAGCGAUGGUUCAACGUACAGGCCUUCUGCUCAGAGCUUCGGGAAAAAACCCAUGGCUGCUCCCAACACUCCUGGAGGCAGCUCCAAAGUUGUGCCUAUCGCCAGCCUCAAUCCAUACCAGUCAAAAUGGACCAUUAGAGCCAGAGUCACUAACAAGAGUGCCAUCCGCACAUGGAGUAACUCCAGAGGGGAUGGAAAACUCUUCUCAAUGGAGCUUGUGGAUGAAAGCGGGGAGAUCAGAGCAACUGGAUUCAAUAAUGAGGUGGACAAAUUCUUCUCCCUCAUCGAGCAGGGGAAAGUCUUCUACAUCUCCAAAGGCACCCUUAAGAUUGCUAACAAACAGUUCUCCUCACUCAAGAACGAUUACGAGAUGACUCUCAAUGGCGAGACAAGCAUCAUCCCUUGUGAGGAUAGUAAUGACGUCCCCAUGUUGCAGUGCGACUUUGUGUCCAUUGCAGACUUGGAGUCUCGGGAGAAAGACACCAUCUUGGAUGUGAUCGGAGUGUGUAAAAAUGCAGAGGAUGUGGCACGCAUCAUGACCAAGAACAGUCGUGAGGUAUCCAAGAGGAACAUCCAACUGAUUGACAUGUCUGGCAGAGUCAUCCAGCUGACCAUGUGGGGCAGUGAUGCAGAGACGUUUGAUGGCAGUGGUCAACCCAUCUUGGCCAUUAAGGGUGCAAGAUUGUCUGACUUCGGUGGGCGUUCUCUCUCCACUCUCUAUAGCAGCACAGUCAUGAUCAACCCUGACAUUCCUGAGGCGUACAAACUGCGGGGCUGGUAUGAUAAGGAAGGACAUGCAUUGGAUGGACAGUCCAUGACAGAGCUGAGAGGACCAGGUGGUGGUGGAAACACAAACUGGAAGACCCUGGCGGAAGUCAAAAAUGAGCAUCUUGGCCAUGGAGACAAAGCUGAUUAUUUCUCUUGCAUCGCAACCAUAGUCUACAUCCGCAAAGAGAACUGCUUGUAUCAGGCCUGUCCCAGUAAAGACUGCAAUAAGAAGGUGGUGGACCAGCAGAAUGGCAUGUUCCGCUGUGAGAAAUGCGACAAAGAGUUCCCUGACUUCAAAUAUCGUCUCAUGCUCUCGGCCAACAUUGCUGAUUUUGGAGACAACCAGUGGGUGACUUGCUUUCAAGACACUGCCGAGACUCUUCUGGGCCAAAAUUCUAGUUAUCUUGGCCAACUAAAGGACACAAAUGAAGCUGCAUUUGAUGAGGUCUUUCAGCAUGCAAACUUCAAUACCUUUGUCUUCCGGAACCGAGUGAAGCUGGAGACCUACAAUGAUGAAUCGCGCAUUAAAGUGACAGUGGUGGACGCCAAGCCUGUGGACCACCGAGAAUACAGCAAACGGCUGAUCAUCAACAUAAGGAAGUUGGCUGCACAGUAGAAGGACUGACGUGGUCACACAGAACUAAUCUCUCAGCCAUUGUGGAGUUUCUUACAGUGUCGUACAUAUUAUUAUUUUUUUGCUUUUCUUUAGUUUUUGUGACUCUUUUUCUUACCCCAUUUUGAGUUUGGCCAGUAAUUUCACUAAAUUAAUCGCUUUGUUUUCACAAGUGCUGCAAGAUCAGAUUGGCUUGCACUUUUGUCCCCAGGGUUGGCUAAUUGGAGAGGGUAUUUUUGAUAAAGUGAAGGAAGAAUUGUAGAGGACUAGAUUUGAGCGUUGUAGAUGAGUGUACAUUCAGCGACCAGCUUUUGUGGCCUUUGGUUGGCUAGAGAAAAGUACACGUAAGAAUGCCUGGCCUAAGCCUGUAAAAUUUUGAUAAGCCCAUUCACACUCAAUGUGCUUACCAGGUACACACUGUAUUUAUAUAGAUAUACAUUGUAUGUGUCUGCCAAUUCUGUUGUAUAAGUAAUAAAGCUUUUUGUGUUCUUUA